AUGACAGCUUGUGCAAGGGCCGUGCGAGCCCCGUGCAAAGUGUGUACAGGACACAACAAGGUGCUGUGCGAGGCCUGCGAAGGCCAUGGGGCCCGGUGGGACGGGGAUUCCUGGGGACGUUGUCCCGGGAGCUGUGCGUGGACGUACCCGGCUGAUGCCUCCCCGUCCGCUCCCGAGCAGCGAUACCUCUUUGACAUCUCCAGCCUGCCGGAGGCGGAGGAGGUGACGGGCGCGGAGCUGCGGGUCCUGCGCGCCCUCCCCGAAAACCGGAGCUUGGCCCUGUCCCCCGAAGGCACCUUCCACCACCUCCUCCUCUCCACAUGCCCAAGCCGGGAUGGCGAGGAACCCCGGCUGCUGGACUCCAGGGCUGCAGACAUUUUGGACGUGGGCUCCUCCAGAUGGGAGGUGUUUGAUGUCUGGGAAGCCCUGCGGGAUCGGAGGGAGAGGUCUCUCUCGGGAAAGCUGCUGUGCUUCCUGCUGAGGAUCGUCUCGGAUCAGUCGGGGCGGCUCCUGCCCCCCCGGCAGCUGGGCUUCAGCAAACCGCGGCCACAGCCCCACGAGAGAGCCCUGCUCGUAGCCUUCUCCCGCACCCAGAGGAAGGAGAACCUCUUCAAGGAGAUCCGGGAUAAGAUCAAGGCCCUGGGCAGCCCCCCCUUCCUGGAGCCUCCCGAUCCCGGCCAGGAGGCGUACCCCAAGCGGAGGAAGAGACGGACCACCAUCGCCGCCCGCUCCGGGGGCAGAGGCCACGGGAAGAAGGCGAAGACCCGCUGCAGCAGGAAGCCCCUGCACGUGAACUUCAAGGAGCUGGGCUGGGACGACUGGAUAAUCGCCCCCCUGGAUUACGAGGCGUAUCACUGCGAGGGGGUCUGCGACUUCCCCCUGCGCUCCCACCUGGAGCCCACCAACCACGCCAUCAUCCAGACCCUGAUGAACUCCAUGGACCCGGAGUCCACCCCCCCCAGCUGCUGCGUGCCCUCCAAGCUCAGCCCCAUCAGCAUCCUCUACAUUGACUCCGGGAACAAUGUGGUUUACAAACAGUACGAGGACAUGGUCGUGGAGACGUGUGGCUGCAGGUAG